AUGUCCGCCGGUAGUCAGAAGAAGCUCGCCACAAGAAACAAGUCAAUCUUGCUUCAAUUACGAUACAUUGCAGGAACCAUCAAUCUUCUUGCAGUCAUUGCGGUAUUUUAUUUUAAUCGUCCAUCGAGAUCAAUCACUUACAUUUUGCUAUCAACGCCAAGUUUCAUCCUCCAAUAUGUUCUAGAAUCUUCAGGUUUGCCCAAGCUUGGCCCCGAUGGAAAAAUUAUUUCAUCUGGCGCCGAUAUUAUGCAAAAGGGGUCGUUAUUCGAAUAUUGUUUUGAUAUUAUCUAUUUGACUUGGAUUUUGGAUGUGUUGAUGAUUGUAUUUGGAAGUAACAAAGUAUGGUGGGCCUAUGCUUUGAUACCCGGGUUUGCUAUCUACAAAAUCAGUGGAUUCAUUCUACCAUUCUUUAAGAAAUCAGGUGGUGGAGCACAACAAGGGACAGCUGAUGAAAGCUCUGCUGGCUCUUCUACAAAAAAAGACAACUCAGGAUUAAGCAAGCGCCAACAGAAGUUGAAAGCCAGACAAGAAAAAGGUCCCGGUGUUAAAUAUAGAUAA